AUGUCUUAUCCGCAUGCGCAGUACCUUCACGAGGUUGAGGACAAGCUUAUAUCGGAUCUGAUCAACAUCAAUAUCGAGCCCAUUGUCCGCCUGACCAAGAUCGUGAUUCCGAACAUGAUCAAGAGGAAGCGUGGCGCGAUUGUGAACAUCGGAUCGGGUGUGGCAACGGUGAUUCCGUCUGAUCCGCUCUACUCCGUCUAUGCCGGCACCAAGGCGUUUGUGGACCAAUUCUCCCGCAGCAUCAACAUGGAGUAUGCAUCCAAGGGCAUCGACGUGCAGGUUCAGGCCCCUCUGUUCGUGGCCACCAAGAUGUCCAAGAUCCGCCACGCGUCGCUCACCUGCCCAUCCCCUGACCAGUAUGCAAAGCACGGGGCCAACUGGGUGGGGCAGGAGGUGCGGGUCACGCCGUACUGGGCGCACGGGGUCAUGUGGGGGAUCAUCUACCGCUUCCCUGAAGGGCUGUUCAAUAUUAUUCGGUUGGGUCAGAAUGUGGAUAUCCGCAAGCGUGCCCUCGCGAAGAUUGUUCGCCAGCAGAAGCAGCAGUAG